AGCGAUAGGGAUCCCGCCGUAGGCUAGACGAGGACGCGACGAGCCUAGAGAGGUGUACGCGAGUCCGCACACCGAGUAUCAACCAGCUGGUUGGCAAGGGAGCCGCGAGCAGUCGCCAGUGAGACGCGGCACCCCGCGUGUGUCACUUGUUCUCGUUCACUCAUCCGCACGGUUCGUUCGUUCGUCCGUCCGUCCGUCCGUCCGUACGUGCGCGCGUACGUCCGUGGCGCGGGUACUACCUCCUCCUCCUCCUCCUCCUCCUUCUCCUCCUUCUCUACCUAGUUUGUUGUAUCGUACCCCUCCCGCGCGGCGUAUCUGCGGUAAACGAGACGAGUGGGUCUGCGGCAAGCUCCGUCGUCGCCGUCAUCGUCGCCGUCAUCGUCAUCGUCGCACGUCCGUACGUACGUCCGAGAGCGGGUAACGUCGUGCCUCUUCACUCCGCGCCUGGCACCUCAUUUCUCGGGACACGACACUCGUUCCCGACGCAUCGUCUGCUGUUGCCUCCUCCACCUCAUCCCCAUCGUUCCAUCAUUCGUCUUGCUCGCGCGCUUCGCCUCGUUUCUCCUCUUCUCUCGUUUUCCGCAUCUCUCUCUUCUUCUCUCUUUCUCUCUCUCUUUCUCUCUCUCUCCGCCGUUCUGGCCUUCCUCCUCCCUCUCCCCCUCCGCCCCUGAUCGGUACAAGUGUGCGGCGCGAGUUCCGUGUGUACAUAUCUCUCCUCCCGUGUUGUGUUACCGCCUGGUUCUCGUGCCUGUGUGUGUUACGUGCGCGCAACGAGCGAACCAAGAUGGCCGCCGACUCAGGAAUGGAGACGUGUCCCUCCCCGGAGAUUGCGGACUCCAGAAAGCGGCCGCUCGACUGCGACGCGGAGAACGGCGCGACCAAGAGGUCGCACUACGGAUCAGGAGGAGAUGGAACCUAUCACCUCAAAGUGUUGGUCCCCGGUGUGGCGGCCGGGGCCAUUAUUGGAAAAGGUGGAGACACAAUUGCUCAACUUCAAAAAGAUACAGGGGCAAGGGUGAAGAUGUCUAAAUCGCACGAUUUCUAUCCUGGAACUACCGAGAGGGUAUGCCUAAUCACCGGCACCGUAGAUGCUAUAAUGGAAGUUAUGGAAUUUAUCAUGGAUAAAAUACGCGAGAAGCCUGAUCUUACUUCGAAAACUACAGUUGACUUUGACUCUGGUAAAGCCACAGCGGAGAGAGACAAGCAGGUCAAAAUUUUGGUACCUAAUAGCACCGCGGGGAUGAUAAUAGGAAAAGCCGGGAAUUAUAUUAAGCAAAUUAAAGAAGAAUCCGGCUCGUACGUCCAAAUAAGUCAGAAGGCUAAAGAUCUAUCUCUUCAAGAGCGAUGUAUAACAGUGAUUGGUGAAAAAGAAAAUAAUCACAGGGCGUUACAUAUGAUCCUAGCGAAAGUAGCGGAUGAUCCACAAAGUGGUACCUGUCUUAAUGUCAGUUAUGCGGAUGUAAGUGGUCCGGUUGCCAACUACAAUCCUACAGGCAGUCCUUAUGCUCAAGCCCCCACAAGCACUCCCACGUAUACAUCUACAGCUGGCUUGAAUACAGUGAGUCUCUUGAACGGUGCUGGUUUGAGUCUUAACUUGAAUCUGGGCGCGGCCAUUACAGCGGGCACGGCACCAGUAACGACGCAGCUGCUGGAACAUAUAAAACUGAAUCUACGUACGACAGGUUUCUCCGAGCCCGCUGCUACAGAGAUACUCGCCGCGAUCGCCACUCUCGCCAAAUAUAAUAUCCUCGGGAUGGGCAUAGGAAUGCCGUCUAGUAUGAGCUAUCUGGGCAACCCGAUGGACAGCACAACGACCGCGAACGGCUCGAACAACAAUGGCGGUGUAUUCGGACCCAUCGGGACUGUGCCUGCACUCGGAUCAACUUCGCCGACGCCACGCAAUACCCUCGAUCGUUACGAGCCGUUCGAUCCGUUCCGACAGAACAACACCGCCGCCAGCGCGAUACACCUGAACAACAAUUCGUUUGGCCUGGGCACUAACCAGUUAUCACUUGUAAAGUAAAGCGCUUGUCACGGCAUGCCGCAAAGUUCGGCCAAGACGAGGGGGAGAUCGAAGGAGGAAAGAGGACAGCUUCGUCACGCAGUGCGCACGAAAAUAAAGUUAACAUGCUCGAUGCUCGUUAAGCAUGAUAACGGAUAUUUCGCGCGAUGACGUCCGUAUUUGUUUUUCGACGACGAGAGAUCAGGACAAUUCUCUUCCCCUAAAUGAAUGCGUAAACAACACACGCGUGGAGGACAAAUGCAUCUCCAUGCGAUAUAUACUCCGGGUAAGAAUCAAACGAGAAACGCAAAAGGAAAAAACACAUAUAGAGGCCAUAGCGCGAUCAGCCAGUCUAACAUAAGUAUUCUCUUUAGUGUAAUAUUGAUUUAUAAAGAGUAUACCGCUUGUUAUAAAUUUUAGUGAUCGUAUCGAUAUGAUUCGUAAAGUUUGCGACAUUGAAAGUGUUAUUUUAAGUAGAUCGAAAGGAAGUAUUUCUCUUCGAGCGGAGCUUUAUGAUUGCUUAUCUGAUAAAAAUGUCGAAAAAGUCUCGGGAAUAUCUUCUCAGUCAACAACAAAGUGCUAAGUAUAGAUAUAUUUUUCAAGACUCGGGAUUGAGAAAAGGAGAUGUAGAAGAUUCUACUAUACAUUUCUGUGUAAAAAGUGUGCGAUUGUUAGUGAAUUUGCUUUGUAAAAUGAUUACAAACUAUGACGCUGAAGAUUGAUCACAAGAUCACGCGUAAGAUUGCACUUUCCAGUAGCUCGAAGAUGUACACGGUUGUCAUUAUAUUAAAAUAACACUUUCGAUAAAUAAACUUAAACUUUCCUAAUGUCGUUUAACAGCGACAUUAGUAUGUGCGUAUAUAUGCGUUAGUACGUGUAUAUAUCUAUCUUCGACGUAUUACGUAAUAACAAGAUAUAUAACGACGAAAUCAACAUUUCCGCGUGCAAAGUCGUGUCCCGUAUGCGAUCAAUAUUGGAGAGAUAAUCUUAUCGCAAAUAUUAGAUUGAUAAUUGACGUGCCGCAAUAUAUUGAAUGUACAUCAAUAGUAGGAUAUUUUAUUAACAACAAAAUUGUCGUUACGUGUUUAAUGAAUAUUGAUUCGCAUGGGGGACUCUUUUUAACCCUUUCCGAAACGAUUUCGAUCGAAAUCAUUGCUACAUGAACAGAACGCUUCUUCCUUCAAUUUCUCUGUAAAAAUUCGCAUAUUCGAUUAUUCGAUUCAUCGAAGGAAAAUGUUUUUCGAGAUAAUUUUUGUGAGAGAGACGUCAAGGUAUUCAAGCGAAAAUGAUGCGACUCCGCGAGAUUGUGGGAACGGAAAGGGUUAAACGACUCGCGUGUAUCAUAUCGUCGAGGAUUUUUCAAGAGAAACGACGACGAUGCAUUCGCGCACGAGGUGGCAAAGCAGUAUUGAUCGGCCAGUCAAUGUUACCUACGAGUUGUUUAACGAGAGGACAACAUACUGUUGCAAUAGACCCGACAGUCAUCGCCGCCAAAAGCAUUUCCCCGCCCCCUUUCCCCUUCUUGUUAGGAGAAUCUUUUAUUUUUUCAUACAACGCUUUGUUUUGUACAGUUUAAGAUAUAUUUCUUUGUUUCUACUCGCCAAGACCGCAGCGUGUCGCCAGUCGAUAGGACUGUACACAGGACAGUUAGGCGUAUAGACAUGUAGCUAGUUUCUUAAAUCUCUUGUGAAAUAUUAUAAAACAAAUUAUAAAACAUGAUCGAACUGUCCGAGAUGAAAGAGGAAAGAGAAAUAAAUAUAUAAUUCUACGUAUCUGCGUAUACUCUUGUGUAUACUGUCUCGUAUGAGAAUACUAAAGGAAUCUAUUAAGGAGAAAAAGAGAGAGAGA